AUGCCUUUAAUCGGAUCCUUUUCUUCCUCUCCCUCCUUUCAAGGGGGCGGCCUCUCCCUCUACCUCAUGUGCCGGAAGGCGCUGGGAAGCUUCGCGGAUGGUUCCGAUGCCUCCGCUCUGCCCUUCUCUGCCUCCAUUGGCCUCAGCACGUGGCUGCCCAACUGCAGUCUGGUGCCGGGACCUGGAGGGGCGGAUGGAGCUGUUGCAGAGAGGGCUGCAAGGCAUCCUCUGUUCAUGGCGCUUGGGGAAGCUGACCCCCUGGUGGGGUAUGACUGGGGCAAGGGCUGCUCUGACCUGCUGCGCGAUGCUGGCUUCUCCAACCUCACCUUCAAGACGUAUCCCAACCUUGCACACGCCAUGAGCCGUGAGGAGCUGGCGGAUAUGAGAGCAUGGCUGUUGAAGCUCGCCCCUCUCUAG